AUGCGAGCCCCGGGCGGGUGUCUUGUGGCGGCGCUGCUGGCGGCCGCGGCGGCGCUGGCGCUGGCGCUGGCGGCGGGGGACGGCGGGCGAGGCGGAGGCGGCGGCGGCGGCCCGGAAGGCGGCGAGAAGAGCGCGGGCAACUUCAUGGAGGACGAGCAGUGGCUCUCCUCCAUCGCCCAGUACAGCGGCAAGAUCAAGCACUGGAACCGCUUCCGAGACGAUGACUACAUCAAGAGCUGGGAGGAUAAUCAACCAGUUGAUGAAGGUGUGGAUACUACUAAGGAUCCCUGCCAGAAAGUUAAAUGCAGCCGUCAUAAAGUGUGCAUUGCCCAAGGCUAUCAGCGGGCCAUGUGUAUUAGCCGCAAAAAACUGGAGCACAGAAUCAAGCAGCCUGCCCUGAAACUCCAUGGAAACAAGGACAGCUUUUGCAAGCCUUGUCACAUGACCCAGCUCGCAUCUGUCUGUGGCUCUGAUGGACACACUUACAGCUCUGUGUGUAAACUGGAGCAGCAGGCCUGCCUGACCAGCAAACAGCUGACAGUGAAGUGCGAGGGGCAGUGUCCGUGCGCGACUGAGCAUAGCCCGACCUCAACCACAGAUGUCAAGCAAGAGACCUGCACUGGGCAAGACUUGGCAGACUUGGGCGAUCGGCUACGUGACUGGUUCCAGCUGCUUCACGAGAAUGCCAAGCAGAACAGCUCUGGGAGCACAGGGGCCGGUCCAGUGAAUGUGCUGGACAAGAGCCUGGUAGCCAGUUGCAAGGACUCCAUUGGCUGGAUGUUUUCCAAACUGGACACCAACAGUGACCUUUUCCUGGACCAGACAGAGCUGGCAGCCAUCAAUCUGGACAAGUACGAGAUUUGCAUCCGGCCUUUCUUCAACUCCUGUGACACCUAUAAGGAUGGGCGCGUCUCCACUGCGGAGUGGUGCUUCUGCUUCUGGAGAGAAAAGCCUCCCUGUCUCGUGGAGCUGGAGAGAAUUCAGAUCCAGGAAGCAGCAAAAAAGAAACCUGGGGUUUUCAUUCCCAGCUGCGAUGAGGAUGGCUACUACCGGAAGAUGCAGUGCGAUCCGGGCAGUGGGGAAUGUUGGUGCGUUGACCAUCUUGGCAUGGAACUAACAGGAACACGGAUGCACGGGACCCCAGAUUGUGAUGACAUAGUUGGGUUCUCAGGGGACUUUGGGAGUGGUGUCGGAUGGGAAGAUGAGGAAGAGAAAGAGGUGGAAGAAACUGGCGAGGAGGCGGAGGAAGAGGAAGGAGAGGCAGGGGAGGCCGAUGACGGAGGCUACAUCUGGUAGAAGAGGCAACAAGCACAGUUUGGUCGGGAUGCUGGCUGAAGGGCUGGGAGACGACAGUCAAAAACUCAAAGGAGAGGAAAAGCUUAACAAGAUGAUCAGGAAACACAGUUGAAUGUAACUCACUAUGGCAGAACAUGUUGCGCGAGAGGGAUGUGUGCGUGUGUAUCUGUGUCUGUGUGUGUGGCUGGAUGAGUUAGUACUCUCCAUGUGGCCGUGGGGAUGAUCCGCUUUCUCCCAGCUUAGCAGAGAUCAAAGCUUUCGCAAAGCAAACUGGGAAGGGGGGGCAGUCUUCUGCACUCUAGGUCGGGUGGGGGUGUGUAUUUCGUUUCAUUCCAUUUUUGAAUUGUUGGUGGCAGAUUUCAGCUCUUAGCCACAUGUGAAAAACACAUACCUGCCUCCCUCAUAUCUCUAGCUGUGGUACCUUAGCAAUAUCCUCCAGCAACUGAUGCACUGUUAGAUAUAAAUACCCUGGUGUGACAUUUUGCAGUCUCACUGUGCAGACAGUCAGAUCUGCCUGGGAGUUCCUGAGCUUUCUUUGCAGCAGAAGAGGUGAGAUCACCAGGAACUGGCUGGUAAGACUAGGAACAACUUUUUUUCUCUUUUGGCUAAAUGUUUGAUCAAGGAUUGUAUUGCUCAAGGCCAGACUGCGCAUCACUGGCUCCAAAUUUUGCUCAGCAGCUAUCAUAUCAAAGAUCUUUUAAGGUAGACGGAGGGAAUUUCAGAAGCUUGGUCUGCUUGGCAUACAUUAUGUGCGUCCUAGUGUGGAGUUAAUUGCUGGCUCAUGAUCUCCUUUGAUGAGCUCACACUUGCUCAUUAGAGUGCUCUGGGGAAGGACUUUUCGACCUUCUCUCAAACUUCUCUCCAAUUGCUCAUUCAUUUAACUGAUGUGUUCAGCUGCAGCUGUGGAAUGAAGGGUCUCCUUAUUCGCCUCGGAAUGCACAUUUUGCUGAUAGAGAGACUGAGGAGUUCUGACACGGAGCUUGCUGCAGCCAUCAGUUGAAUGAAUAAGAUCAUUGGUGGUGGAAGACCAAUCAGGAGAACGGAUGGGCAACUGGACACGAAGGCCGUCCCUAACCAGAAAUGACAUUGCUGUAAUAGAAGCAGAACCAUCAUCGCCCCUCUGGCAGCGUAGUAGCAAUUUCAGAACUGUGCCCGUGUCUGCAAUUGGUUGAUUUGUUUCUAGCUAGAGAUACUUGGGUAGACCUGGUUGCUCUCCUUUGGUGUUCAUUUUCCAGUUCAGUGGAAUUGAUGCUGUUCUUCCGGACACCCUGUUUUGCCGAGCCACCUUGACAAAUUAAACUCUCAUUCGGGGGGGACUGGUUCCCACACUUCCGCCACAUUCUGAUACGCUUGCUGCUUGGUGGAAGGGUGUAUUGUCACAACUGUAUGACUGCAACCAUCUGCGUAUGUGUGCUUGCUGACAUGUAUGCCCUAGUGUGUAGACUGAUGGCGUGUGCUUGUGUGCAUGCUGUGCACAUGUGUGUGUACGUGGAGAAUGGGGUAUCCAGCUUGGCUGUCAUUGAGCAUUCCAGAGCUUAGCAAAACACAAGCUUCUGGUACUGCCAUUUAGGCUUGGUGCGCCCCACGGCAUCUCUUUGAAGUAAACAAAAAUACUCAUUUCUUCUAAGCAACCUAAUCCUUGCAGUAAGGCCAGCCACUGGCUUGCAGUGGAACCAUAAUCAAGAACGCUACGUUGCCCAGCUGUGAUAAUAAAUACGCCUUGCUGUGUUGAAGUCUCUACCUGCCUUCUUGCCGAGGCUUACUCUUUCUAUAGGUCUCUGUCUAAAGACACGCAUGUGCACACACAUUUUGCCUCCCUCCUUUAUUCAGCUACAUCUCUCGCAGACGGAAUAAUAGACUGUGCCCAAGGAAUACUCGAAUGUGUCGCUAUUGGAAGCUAGUGACCUUCUCAGUCAAUGCCCUAUGGGAAUUUUUUCUCCCCCCCCCCCAAGGGAGUGUGGUUUUAUAUCAUUCUUCUCUUCCCUGUUUCCUACUAGGAGUCAGUUAGCAUCCUUUUACUAUGUACUCAGCCUUUGAUUUCUGGAACCCCUUCUUGGAAAUCGCUGCCUCUUUUCUUUCAGUGUUGCCUUUCGGCUUUUCCUCUUUGACCUGCAUCACACCUGUGUGUCUGGUACUACUGGGUCUGGUUUCCCAGUUAUGCAUGUUUUAAUAACUUGUAAAUACACUUUUGAAUCAAAGAACCCCAGUUCCCAAUUCUGCCCCGUUUGGAGUAGCAUCCUGAAAUUUAGUGCAAAGGAAGAGAAUUGACUAACAGAUCUGGAAAAUAUGGGCACAAGUGUUUGUUUUGGCUGCAUUCUUU